AUGCAUUUCAAUCAAGACAGUUUUGGCGCAGGCUUCGCAGCCGGGCUUUUCUGCGCUCUGGCCAUCGCCGCCAUCGUCGCAUUCGUGGUGAUGCGGAUGAGCGAUAUCUACGGCCUCGGACACUGGAAGCUCAACAUCUCCUCCCGCCCUCCCUCCAUGUGGAUGAACGUCGGAUAUUGGAAAACACAAGCAGGCGCGCCAAUUGAGAAAUUCCCCGAGGCGUGCUCUGCCCUGCUCGAGCAGGUUGUCCACGCCGCCGGCCUGUCUGACCACGACCGUCCCCAUGGCUCCCUCGCAGUUCUUGACCUGGGGUUCGGCUGCGGUGACCAGACUUGGCAGCUGGCGAAGCUUGCCAACUCGCAAGGCUGGAGGGAUUUUCGCUACGUGGGACUUACCCUGAAUGACGCACAGGUUCAGACGUCGCGCCGCAAGAUUUAUCGCGAGAUUGCCGAAGCGGGGACUGGUAUCGACGCGGAGUCUUUUAGUAUGUUCUGUGCCGAUGCUGCAAAGCCUGAGACUUGGAGCUCUGCUACUGCAGAAGCUGUUCAUUCUCUCACCGAUGAGAAGUACACUGAGCGCUGGCUUCUUGCCCUUGACUGCAUCUACCACUUCUCACCGUCUAGAAAACCCGUUCUUUCGUACGCAGCCAAAGAACUAGACGCCAAUUUCAUGGCCUUUGAUCUGCUCCUCAACGAGAAAUCUUCAACUGCCGAUAUCUGGAAGGCUAGGCUUAUCGGGAAGAUGAUGGGCUGCCCGCUCAAAACGUUCCUCUCGGAGAAGGACUACAGAGACCAGCUGGUGGAGUGUGGGUACGACCGCAACGAGAUCACGAUCAAGGAGAUCACAGACGACGUCUUCUCGGGACUGGUCAGAUUCCUCGAUCGCCAAGAUCAGUUGCUUGCUGAGUAUGGGGUCACGAUGGGCGGCUUCAAAUUGGCAGGCAGACUGUUCAAUUGGUUCGACAAGUCGCGUGUCGUCAGAGCCGUGGUCGUCGUCGCUCGAACAAAGAGCAAGACAGGAUAG